UUAGAUACUGGCCUUGAAGUCACGGAUUUUGAUAUCCCGACCACAGACGGCAUCAAAAUCCCCAUACGGCUUUACCGACCCAUUCAAGGAGACUCGGGAAGCUACCAUGAGACCCAGGCCCUCUACAUCUCUUUGCACGGCGGUGGAUACCAUUUUGGAAGCCUAGAGACUGAAGACCCUCAUUGUCGGCAAAUCGCACUGAACAUCGGGUGUUCGGUUCUGAAUGUCAACUAUCGACAUACUCCUGACUGGACCUUUCCUGCACCCGUCGACGACAGCUGGGCAGCAUUCCAAUGGGCUGCGCAGAAAGGACCUGAGUAUGGCAUCGACCCGGAAAAGAUAUUCGUCGGGGGUGUCAGUGCGGGUGCCAACCUCGCGAUCUCUGUAGCUCUGCGAGCCCUCAGGGAUGACUCUCUUCCCAGCGUCAAAGGGCUCGUUCUUGGCACUCCGUCGACCGUUCAUCCGGAUCACUUCCCAGUCGAGCUUCUUAAAGGUGGGCAGAGCUCCCUUGAGCUGCACAAAGAUGCGCCGUUUAUCAACGCCCAGAAACUCCGAAACCUCAUUGAUCUUUAUCGUCCGGAUCCGUCGCAUCCUUCAUUUUCGCCGCUCCUACGACCUAUGUCUGACUUUGUUGCCUUAUGUCCGGUAUCGUUUCAUAUCGCUGGGCUUGAUCCACUCCGCGACGAAGGGCUUUUGAUGGAAGAAAAGAUGCAGACAGCUGGGGUUCAAACCACCUUGCACAUUUACCCAGGAGUUCCCCAUGCGUUCAUGUCCUUACCAACGCUUCCUUCGGCAAAGAGGUGGCGACAAGGGAUGCACAAUGAUCUGAAGACAUGGCUUGGGCAGUGA